AGAAGAUCUGCGCUCGAAUCUCAUAAGAUCAGCUUCAGCAGGAAUUGACCAGAAACGGAUAGCAACUACUUUCGGGUCGCUCCCCUAUAAGGAUCGCACUAGUACUCGGGCAGCAUGUAGCCUAGAUCGACAACUUCGUACAGGCAUAGCGGAACUUCACCAUAUAGUCACCUCUACUUAUAAUCGUGUGCAUAGCCAGAUGACUCGACGGCUACUGGAUAAUUCAUCAAAGCAAAUACGGUUUCCCUCCUAGUUCGGUUUUGCAUAAAGGCAUAACAGCAUCCUUCAGUAUGAUGUUCUCCGCGCUACUCCGUCCACUCUGCCCAUGGGAACAUGCAAGAGAGUGACUCAAAGGAAAUCGAAAUACUAUGGUCGACAGGCCCAGAAAUCCUUGCCUUGAAGCAAGUGACUCUGGCGUUCUUUACAGUUCACGUAUAUGAUCAUAUACUCACGUUGCCAUUCGAGAUCGAGUAUAUGUGGAAAAGAAAUUUCUCCCUCGGUUCUGUUAUAUUCUUUAUAGUCUUAUCUUUUUUGCAUCUGAUGCAGGUAACGCAUGCUAAGCUCCAUUCAGAACCGAUAUUAUUCCCCCGCAUUUUUCUUCAUCAUAACUUUUACAAGAAUAAGCCCCUUUAUGAACCCAAAGGUAUGCGAGCAUUUUGCUAUAUUCUUGCCCAUAGCAGGAGGAAUUGUCCUCACAAUUGUUCCUAAUAUGUUGGUUGCUUUGAGAGUCUAUGCAUUAUACCAGAAAAACAGAGUGGUACAAAUAUUUUUGGCGAUUUAUCUUGUUUCUGAACUCGGUAUCGCACUAUGGAUAUACCUAACGCCUGGACAUCAUCCUCUGGAACUGCCGCCACUAUACCAGAAUCACAAGGUCUUGUAUUUGUGCACGGAAGAUACCGCAGACAGUCUUGGACGUUGGAGACCGUCAACAUUCCAGCUCAUGCAGGUUGUCUACGAUGUUAUUGUCCUUAUCUUAGUAUUCUUCAAGACUAAGUGGCCACGGGAGUCGCGUCAUGGUAUUUUCGAUAUCAUUUUUAAUCAAGGUGUAAUAUAUUUCAUAUGUGUGUUUUCAGCCAAUCUUGUAUGGGUGUUAAUGAUAUUGGUCGGUCCGGAGACCUUAAAAUAUAUAGCAGCAUGUCCUACUCUUGUCAUGGCAUGCACUAUGGCAAACAGGAUCACAUUAGACCUGCGUGAAUAUGCUCAACGGCCUGUUAUAAACUCCAGUGUUAGUCUAGACUCACACGCCGACGCGAACGGACAAUAUACCGGACAAUAUACGAUACAUUUUAAAACGCCCCGUACGCCUCCGCCUCCACCGCCUGAUCUCGAGAGUCAGCAGUCGCGAGCGGAAUCAGACAGGUCGACUAUUUAUAAUUCAGAAGAUGAAUAUGAUUUUCAAAGGCCACUCGAACCAACAACUUUACCUUUUUUUGACAAGCCUGUUGGCAGUGGUGUGAGGGACGGGUAGAAUGAGGAUGUUAAAGUGUUCUUGCUAUAAUUAUUAUGUACUCAUGGUCUCAUAUUCUUCUCUUGCUUUGACGCCUGACAC